UGGGGGCAAGGUCCCCUGUCAUUCAGCAAGACUGACUGGUUAGAAAGGAACAAAGACAUGCAGCUAAUCCUGCAUUUUAACCUCUAAUAAUACCCUUUUUAAUAAUGGCACCAUCACUAGCUUAGCAUCAGUCAAGGUGGAAAAUAAUGAUAAGCAAACACGACGAUGCUGGUGAAAUUCAACACCCAUGUGGGUGUUCGACUGUGGCCGCUCUAUUCCUGAGUCUAAUUUCCCACUGAGGGGUUAUUUUAGGAAACUGUGUCACAUUGGGGAACUGGUUUGGGAAGUUCAGUCCAGCAAAGUCAGAACAGUUACAGCAAAGGAGUUCAGGCUGAGUGGAGCUCAUGGAUGAAUGAAUCUAGUCUGGGUUUUCUUUUUUUCUUUUUUCCUUUUUUUUUAAAGACAGAGGGGCGGUCUGUCGGGAAGUUACUCAAGCGCUGCUUUUCAGGUGUUUCCAGGCAAAGUGUCAACGGAACGCUGCCACAUUUCUGAGCGGGGAGCACAGGACAGAGAGGCUGAGACGAAAAGACUUUGAAUAGUCAGCACUUAUCAAGGUGUCGUGUGGCCGGGGGGCUCAGCAGGAUGGAAAUACAUACAUGUUUUCGGUACUAUUUCCAGCACCCGUGGUCGCGUCUCAUCGUGGCCUACCUCGUCACCUUCUUCAACUUCCUCAUCUUCGCGGAGGACCCCAUCUCUCACAGUCAGACAGAGGCCCACAUGAUUGUAGUUGGCAACUGCUUCUCCUUCCUGUUCAACAAGUACCCCGGCCUCGGAUGGAACAUCCUGAAAGUAGUGUGCUGGAUCCUCGCCAUCAUCUGUGGCCUGCUAGCCGGGAAGUUUAUAUUCCACCGCCAGCUAUUUGGUCGAUACCUGCGCCUGAAAAUGUUCCGCGAGGAUCAUGGCUCCUGGAUGACCAUGUUCUUCAGCAUCAUCCUCUUCCUCUUCAUCUUCUCACACAUCUACAACCUUAUCCUGCUGAUCGCUGGGCGCAUGGAACCUCACAUGGUGACAGAGUACAUGGGCAUCAGGAAUGAAAGCUUCAUGAAGAUUGCUGCAGUGGGAACCUGGAUGGGAGACUUUGUCACUGCUUGGAUGGUGACAGACAUGAUGCUCCAGGAUCAACACUACCCAGACUGGGGCAAAGCAGCCAGAAGGUUCUGGAAACAAGGCAACAACAGGAUCGUUCUCUUCUGGACAGUGCUCAUCUCUCUGACGUCGGUGGUGGUUCUGGUCAUCAGCACGGACUGGAUCAGCUGGGACAACCUGAACCGCGGCUUCCUGCCCAGUGACGAGGUCUCCCGAGCCUUCCUGGCCUCCUUCAUCCUGGUCUUCGACCUUCUCAUUGUCAUGCAGGACUGGGAGUUCCCUCACUUCAUGGGCGACCUGGAUAUGAAUCUACCAGGAAUGUCAACGACGCAUGUGAAGGUCAAGCUGCCUGUCUGCAAGAGUAUCUUUAAAGAGGAGUACCACAUCCACAUCACAGGUAAGUGGUUCAACUAUGGAAUCAUCUUCCUUGUGCUGAUUUUGGACCUCAACAUGUGGAAGAACCAGAUUUUCUACAAGCCCUACGAGUACGGUCAGUAUGUCGGGCCCGGUGAGAAGAUCUUCACAGUGGAGGAGCCAGAAACACUCGUCCAGUUCAACCACAGCACCCUCACCUACAGGUGGCGCUCGUCCACCAUCAAUCCCAGCACCAACCUGACCUACGUGGAGCGGGACAUGUUCCUCCACAGCCGCUACGUCGGAGCCAGCCUGGACAUCAAGUGCCUGGCCUUCAUCCCAAGUCUGGCUGCAUUCGUCCUCUUCGGCUUCUUCAUCUGGUUGUUUGGGCGAUUUCAGGACAGCGAGACCUUCACCGAAAACCAAGACAAGACGUACGAGAGGAUAAAGAGGAAGUCGCCAUCUGAGUACAGCAAGGAGAUGGGCGUGACGCCAGAGGAGAUGCAUUUGACAAUGUGUGACAGUCUCAAACGAUCUGGAAACCCCAUGCUUCUCUCAGUGGAUGGACCACAGUUUGGUGCGACGCCCUCUUCAAACUCCACCAUUUCUAUGGAAACCCAAGAGACACAUCCGAGCAUUGUGAUUGACAGUGCACCACAGGAGGAGGAACCAGCAGUCUCUUAUGAUGUCAACAAGCUCUCUCCUUGAACCAAACGAACAUCUGAACCUCAAAAAAAAAAAAAACUGCACACAAGUUGAAGAUGUCCAGAUCUUGAGGAGUGGCUUUUCCUCUGAAAACUGUUCUUGAGAUUGAGGAAAGGACAAAAUGAUCUGUCUCGAUGCUCAAGGAGGCCUGAUGGCUUUUACAGUUGAAUUUGUUCGAAUAUAUUUUUGUAAAACUAUAUUUUCAAAAGCCUCUUAAACGGCACCAGUUCUAAUAAUUAACACAUCUUUGAGAACAGAAUGCACACUUGUAAUUGACAUUGUGCUCGCUCUGAUUUUGCAUUUUCAUAUCUCAAUUUUGUCAUGGUAAACUAUACAACUUUGGUGCAUAUAUAGAGGAGUUUUUCUACAGUUGUCACACUGCGGUUUGGUGGUUUUUAUCAUAUCAAACCAGUGUGACAGCUACAUGAGUGCCUUUGUUUUUCACAUGUUCAGAUACAGAACUGUCUAUUAUUAUUAUUAUAGGCGACAACAUGGAAGAUGUCCUAGUCAUUGUUACCUGUAAUAAUGUCUUAUAAAAGCUUUCAUAUCAUGCAGAUGGUUAUUACCUCAUUUUAUCCCCAGACUUUAUGAAUUUUGGUUUAUUCUGUAGUUGCUUGAAUUUUAAUGCAUAAUUCCUCUCGCUUUGAAACUAAUUUCAAGAUCAAAUGCUGGCUGAUGACCUACUGGUUUUCACCCACUUGAUUUUCGGAAAUAAUAAAUGAAAUCAGCAGUGGAUCAAAUAGCAAACCAACAAGCCACCUCGUGAUUGCUCAUGUGGCGGCUGCACCUUGACUGAAUAGCAAACCGAGUCAGGAGGUUGGUUUUGCCCUUGGCAUAAACAUACCAUUGAAGUGCAGGGGAGGCUCCUGCUCCAAAGCUCAGGGCUCCUUUGUGUCUAGAUAAACCUUAAAAAAGUUUCAGACGCACUUUUGAAGUCAUGGUAAAUGCAUGAAAAAAAUAUUUAUUUAUUUAAAAUGUUAUCUACUGUUAAAAGAAACAUGAUUUCGGUUGCAACUGAAAACUGCAGCAUUUAUCUUUCCAAUGGCUUUGAAGGUUUCCACUGCCUUUUUACAUAAUUCCAUAUGUUUGGCAGACUCUUCAAAAACAAUAUCUGAAGUUUUUAGUCCAAACUUGGAUGACCUUCAGUUCUCUUUCACAGAGUGCAGAUACUAACUUCAGUAUAUUUAUGCAGUACUAAUAGUAUUUUUUUUCAUAUAAGUUUGUCAUAUGGCAGUGAUUUGUUUGCAUAGAUAUUUAACCAAAGAUACCAAGUCAUUCAGUACUUUUCACUAAACAAUAUGCUACUUUUAGAACAGAUAUAUUCACCACACAAAGACUUGAACAAUAUUAUGCAUCACUCUGUAAUAUAAUGGACUGUAAUCUACUGUACUAAUGUCUUUGGAAUCCCCCUCCCCCUCCCCACCUUCAAAAGUAACCUUUUUUUUUUGCUCCCUGAAUUCUAAAAUUCUUGCAGAUGUUUGUUUAACCUGAUGUGCAUUCAAAGUAUUGUAGCCCAAGUUGUACCAGUGUUGAGUUAUAACCAAAUUAUGAAUUGAUUCAUUUUAAAAUUAAUUUUAAAUGCUGGAAUUAAAUUUUAAACAUUUAUAUUUAAAUACCGAAGUAAAAUAAUAACAAGUAAAAUAUUAUAAAAAAUGUUAAUUAAUGAUUCAUAUCUUAAUUCAGUCUUCUGAAGACACAUUAAUUAUAGAAUUUAAACUUGAAGUGAGUCUUUUCAUUUUAUUCUGGAACAUGUCCGCCUGUCAUAAUGCAUCUCUCAGUUUUUUUGCUUCAUUUUUUGUAUAUGCAGUUUUCAUUUCAUGAUGGCUUUAAUGUAAAGAGGUUUCUCUUCAACUUGUGUGAACAUGUUUUUUUGUGUUGUAAUAAAAACUGCAGCAGGUAGGGUUUUCAUUGGCAAGCUGCUGUCUAUUGUUUGGAGGCCUGGCCAAUCAGAUCUCCUACCGCCUGUAGGUGGGAUUACAUUUUGAAGUGAUUAGUCACCUAAAUAUCUCUAAAUUAAAGAGAGAUGUUUAUAUCCAAGCAAAAACGUAGUGUAAGCAUCAAAUAUUUAACAGAAUACAUCGUAAAAAAGAAUUUAGAAAAAAAUAUAAAAUAAAUAUUAAUUGGUAAUAAUUUAAUGAGUUUAAAUGUAACUUUAUUCAAUUCAUAGUUGUUGUUUUUUAUAAUGGAAUAAUUUAUAAUUAUAAUUUAUGAUUAUAAUAUAUGUGGCGUUUCUAUAUUUAAUAUCCAGUUGCCCACUACUGACUCCUUACAGGAUCUCCCUGUGUGUGUGUGUGUGUGCCUUGUGGAGGCAAAGGUAUCCAUUUGUGUCUACUGUAUAUAUGAAGGAUGUUUUAUACCUACUGGUGCAUGUUGUGUGUGUAUAAAUGUGUGUGUCUGCGUGCAUGUGUUCACUGAAAGCUCGUAAAGUGUGUAGGUGUUUGCUGCCACAUUUGUUUUUGACAAAGGCCAUUCUGUGAAGAGGUCAAUUUAUUAAGCAUAAUAGCUUAGCAGCGUUUUGUUCUGUAAUGAUCCUUUUAUACAGUUUCGCUCCGAGGACAUUUGAUAUUAGUGUCUCAUAAAAGGGCAGUACCUCUUUGGACUUUAAAGGAGGUCUAAUAUGUUUGGAAUUUAUUGUGUUUGUGUCAAAUUUGAGUGUUUCCUCUUUAUUGUUCAUAAUAUUUGUAUUUAUUUCUGUCACAAGACAGACACUUUAAUCCAGUUCCUGGGUGUUUGUGCUUUAUUAAAGGAGAGUACAUCUCCUGUCAGUGUUUUCUCAGUGUACUGUUUGUCUGUUUUACCUUCUUUUACCAAUAAAUUAUUACAUUUCUGAUAUA